AUGGCGUUUGUAACUCCAGUUAUUAAUUCUACUCUGGUCAUUCAAGCAGCACGAAGUUAUCAACCGUGUUUUCAACAACGAACGAAUCAACAAAAUCAACAGAAUCGUGCCCAGAGGCCUGCACAAUUUAAUCUAAUUCCAAUUAUCUAUACAAAAUUAUUUCCUGCUUUAAUUCAUAAGAAUUUGGUGCAAACAAGAACUCCACCAUUUGUUGCGAAAGAGCUUCCGUGGUGGUAUAAAACUGAUCAACAUUGUGCAUUCCACCAAGGAGCACCUUGCCAUGAUAAUGAAAAUUGUUUCACUUUGAAAGCCGAGGUAAGGAGGUUAAUGCAAAGUGGCAUCUUGUCAUUUGAAGACUCCAAUCCCAAUGUACAAGUUAAUUCACUACCCAAACAUGGCAAUACAACUGUGAAUAUGGUCGAAGGAUGUCCAGAAAAGUACGAUGUUUUUGACGUCAAUCUAAUCAGAAGAUCCUUGGUUGAAAUGCAUGCUGCUUUAUGUGAAUUAAGAUAUUAUGAGCAUGACCAUGAUUCUUGCCAUGUUUGUUCUAGAGAUCCCCGAGGAUGUAUUGUUGUGAAAAGAGACUUGCCAGAGAUGCUGGACCAGAACCUUAUUCAGGUUACGAGGGAUAGAAAUGAAGGUGAGCAUGAGGCGAGUGUUAUUAUUCCCCGUUUUAACAUCCCAGAACCAGUUGUAAUUGCGUAUAAUGGUAAAAAGUAUAUUGUUUCUCUGUUGGUUAUUCGUUUGGCGGGUCGUACGCCUUACGAGUCUGAUAAAGUUAUACCUUACAAGUAUAAUGCUACUAUGGUGGAACACAACAAAGAGGUGCAUAUUCCUUCUUUUUCGGCUAUUGUGAACAUUUUUGAGGUAAGUGGUGUGACCCGAAGUGGUCAGGUAUUUGUUGUUGCAGCUCCUAAGAUGACUGAAGAUGUUGUGAUAGAGAAAUCAACCCAAGAGAAAGCUCUUAUUAUACAACUUGGUCAGUCCAACAGUGUGAAUCAGAAUGUUGAUCAAGAUGAAAUGCUGAAAUUAAUCAAGAAGAGUCAUUUCAAUGCGGUGGACCAGUUGUUGCACAAUCUGUCCAAGAUAUACGUCCUAUCUUUAUUGAUGAGUUCAGAAGCUCACCGAGAGGCUUUGCAGAAGGUCCUAGAGAAGGCUUAUAUGGACCACAACAUGACGAUUGAUCAAUUUAAUGGUAUUGUGGCCAAUAUUACCGCAUGUACUCCGAUGAGAUUCAGUGGAGUUGUUGUGAAGGUCUUCGAUGGCUCGAGGAAGACUGUAAUUGGGGAGGUUGAUCUCCCAAUAAAGAUAGAAGCUAAAGUUUAUGAAGAAUGGAAAGUUAGUGAUAUGGGUGGAAAGCAGGCCAUGUUGGUGAGCCAUCUCUCUUCAUUUUCAUACAUUGAUGCCGACGAAGCUGAGGGGACGUUGUUUCAAGCUCUUUCUGUUGAUAAUAUUAUUGAUAAGAAGAAUGGUGAAUCCAUGUCAUCCUUGAAGGAUGCCCAACAUGUGUUGAAGAAUGAUCAAUCUACUAAGUGGGGACAAAUUUUUGAGCUUCCCAAGAAUAGGAACAUAUCUGGUUUUGGUUUUUCACCUGGUGAAACUCGAAGAGAUUUGAAUCGAAUCCAAGAAGUGUUUCAUAGUUCUGGUUUUAAUCAUUCCAAAGAUCACUCUGCUGCCAUAAUUUUAGAAGACGAUGAAGAGCAAGGAGUGUCAAACUUUGUGACACGUGGAUCGAUAUGCCAAAACUAG